AGCGCGGCGGCGGGGCCGAGCGGGGGCCAGCCCGACACCCGGCCGCCGGCCCGGGCGCCUUCACGCCGUCCCGGAGCGGAGAAUGCUGUGAGCAGGCGCCGCGUCUGCGACCCCGCUGGGUCUGCGCGCACCGGCGGGGAUUCUCGGCGGCUGCGGGUUUCUCCUCGUUGUGGAAGGGACUGAUUGAUGUGACUGGCUCUCCAGGAAGCCCCGUUUGGCCAGAACCUCAGGACGGUCCUCAGACCCCAUCAUCUCAUUUCAGAGCCACUUCUGAAGCCGCUUGAGAAAAAUGAUGUGACGGUUCUCAUCAAAAAGGAUUUUUUCAGAAACCUAUAACAUCCGUGAAGGAAAGUGGCCCCUUUUCCCUCCUGUGAAAUAGACGUUCUCAAAUUCCAAGAUGCCGGCCAAGACCCCCAUUUACCUGAAAGCGGCCAAUAACAAGAAAGGAAAGAAAUUUAAACUGAGGGACAUUUUGUCUCCCGACAUGAUCAGUCCCCCCCUCGGAGACUUCCGCCACACCAUUCACAUCGGCAAAGAGGGCCAGCACGACGUGUUUGGAGAUAUUUCUUUCCUUCAAGGGAACUAUGAGCUUCUGCCUGGGAACCAGGAGAAGGCGUGCGUGGGCCCGUUCCCCGGGCACAACGAGUUCUUCCGGGCCAACAGCACCUCGGACUCCAUGUUCUCAGAGACGCCCUCCCCGGUGCUCAAAAACGCCAUCUCCCUCCCGACCAUCGGAGGGUCCCAAGCGCUCAUGUUGCCCUUAUUGUCACCGGUGACAUUUAAUUCCAAACAGGAGUCCUUUGGGCCGGCAAAGCUGCCCAGGCUUAGCUGUGAGCCCGUCAUGGAGGAAAAAGCUCAGGAGAAAGGCAGCCUGUCGGAGAGCGGGACCGUCCACCAGGGAGACACCUCCUGGGGCUCCAGUGGUUCCGCAUCUCAGUCCAGCCAGGGCAGGGACAGCCACUCCUCCAGCCUGUCCGAACAGUACCCCGACUGGCCCGCCGAGGACAUGUUUGACCACCCUGCCUCGUGCGAGCUCAUCAAGGGAAAGACUAAGUCGGAGGAGUCCCUCUCUGAUCUCACAGGUUCCCUCCUCUCCCUGCAGCUCGACCUUGGGCCCUCACUUUUGGAUGAGGUGCUGAAUGUCAUGGAUAAAAAUAAGUAACAGGAUACCAGCUCUUUUCCUUUGGGGUAAAAGGUACCAAACAACAACAACAAAACUAACACCAGUCGCACAGUUGAAAGAAGGGCUUCCUGGGCUGUAUUUGCAGUUGUGUGAUGGGUUUUCUAAAAUAAUGUUCCUACAAAAUAUUUUUUUUUUUACCUGUUUGCAAAAACACUUCAGAAAAAAGCAAAAAAAAAAAAAAACCACAAAACCUGUCCUGGCAAAAAGAGGAAGUGAGUGAGUCAGAGCCCAUUUUCAGCAGAUUAGCUCACUUUUGUUGUUUGCAGACGCACGUAGGAAAUCUGGCUUGGCCAGGACUGGCACUAGCUAUGAGGGCUGGAUGAGUCUCGUUAAGGAACCUUACCGAACUUCACAGCACUCCAACAUUUUCUGAGCAAGAGGAAGUCAAAAAUUAUUUAACACCUAAGCCUUUUUUUCUAGACUCUUUUCUAUAUUAUAUUGUUUGGGUUCACCACAGUGAAUUCUCCAGUGUUAAAGCUUUUCUCUGUUUUCACAUUUGAACAACUUUGUGGGUUUGGGGGAUUUUCUUGUAGUUCUUCUAUAUCCCUAUAUAUUAUAUCUAUAUCGCAAAUUUUUGACUGUCAGCUACAUGUUGGUAAGACACAAGCAAAGUAUUACUGUAACUAAGUUAUUUUUAAAGUUAAAAUAUAUUUUUAUGUGCCUUUGGCUUUUUAUUGCAGAGUCUACAUUUUAUAGAUAAUACAUCAAAUGUGGUCAGUUUGACUUGUUUCCGUUGGGGUUCCAUUGUAAGCUGUGUACGUGUGUGUUCAGAAAAGUGUAUUCAUUCUUAGCUUUAUUUUUUUUUUUCCUCCAUCUGUAUCAUACUUUUAACAGCAGCCAAUAAUGGAUUGUAAAACAUAAAGGCACAGGUUACUCAUGAUGCUUCCGCAGAGACUGUGGGCUACACCACGCAAUGUAAUGUGGAAAUAUGGGUAUUUUAGUACAGUACAUACUUGCAUUACAUAGGUACUUCAUACAACACAAUAAAGAGUAAAUGUUAAAUUGAA